GCAUUAUCUGGCCAAUGCACGUGUGGGUGUGUGUGUGUGUAUGUGGCGAGCAAAGGAAUAUCGAGAGAGGCGCUUCCUUUUCUUUUAUCCGUUUUCCUCCACGGACAAUUAUGUCAACGUGAGGGGCGUUUCUUCGGCGGCCUGCCGCGCUUCGGUGUCACCGGGAGGUAGAUGAAGACGGACAGUGGUCUGGGCAUUGGUCUGGCAUCGCGAAUCAACUAUUCUAGUAAACCCGAUCGUCGGCGGUAUGCAACAUACGCUACUAUACAUUAUCUCUAAUGAAUGAAACAUGAAAGCUAAUCAAUUACAAAUCAAACCUACAAAACAAAAAACCCAACCACUGGACUUCUAUUGCAUAUGCAUUUGUCUGGAGCGUUGUGGCAGUGCGACCGAAGGGAAAGCUCAGAAAGGAAAGAAAUAUUGUAGGGCAACGAACACAUCGAAUAACGAAUUCGCAAGAAGAACCUCACGCUUGAUACCAGUGUUCUCCUCCACUGAUGGCUCAUUUUAUGAUAGACGGUUCCUUCCGAUCGUUAUAGGAGGGCAACACUUUCCCUUCCCACAUCCAUUUCUAUUGCUUUAGACUGCUAUUUGUUGGCCGGUUCCGAUUUCCAUUGCGUUACAUUCAAACAGCUUCGAAAGACAGCGAAAGCGCGGGAAAGUGAGUGGGAGGGAUUGCAAAACAUAACCUGUUUAGACGCUCCAUGGCAGCGAUAAGAGACACUAAAUGUUGAUAUGAAUACCGCAAAAACAAGAAAAAUAAAAUUUAGAUCUAUCAAAUGUAUAUUGCAGUUGUGAAGAAGAACGAUCGGGAACGAUCGUGCAGCAUACGGCGAUUACUGGGUGGAUUGGUUCAGCAAAAGCGUUACUGGAUCGCCGCCUGCAAGAACGGAGAAUGCGCUCCUUAUCGGUGGCAUAGGCAGAAACAAUUGAUGUUGCUAGAGAUGCCAGCAAAUCGGCGAGUGCUUCCCGAGCCACUAAAUCAAUGCAAGCUUUUGUAGAAAAGUAUUAUCGAAUGUUUAAGCGAUUUGUAUAUCUUCUGUUUUGGACCGUGUUUGGAUGACGGAGGCUGUUUUGAACCCUGUUUUCGUUUCCCCACAAUAUUGAGAAAGGCACGUUUAUCAUCAAGUAGAUAACGGUAUCAGUAAGCAGAUGGAGCAAAAAAAAGCCAGCUGGUAUCUCUGAAAGAAACAACCCCCGAGCUGGAUUCGUAUAGUCAAAUCGAAAGCAUUCCACCGCUAAACUUUACUCGCAACUUCACUGAUGUGUGCUUAUGAAAUUCCUUACCAAUAGAAGCCAUUUGAUAGUAUAUCGCGAUCGAAAUGUUAAGCGAACAUAUUUCUCCCGUUUUUUGUAUUUUUUACAUUUAUUAUUGCACACACACCCGAAUAAAUAAUCAUAAACCACACUGAACCGUACAAUAAAGGAUAUUUUCUGCGUUGCAAGAAUUACCGAUAUCCAAUGCUGAAAAUGGGAACGGAAUUGGUUGGUUGCCACAUAAGUUCUAUGUUUCAAGAACAAUUAAUUAAUUUUAAUUAGAUUGAAAAAUUGAUUGUUUUAUUUUAAUUUAAUGUUGAAAAUAUUAUUUGCAAUGUUCGGACGCAAAAUUCCGACGACGUUCGUUCCGUUCCGUUGCGGUUUAAUGAAAACAACUCGAGUUUGUUUCAGAGAAGAGUGUGUAGCAGGGUAACAAAACCAGGAGGAGGUAGCUCCGAGUUGCGCGAAAAGAGCCCCUUGUGUACAUCCCGCCGCUGUGGAGCAAAACAAAAACCAAAUGCUGUCAAAACCAAAAUGUUGAAAUGUUAAAAUGUUAGAUGCAUCCGUUUUCUCCAAAUUCAGCCAACGAAACGCCGUAAAGUUUUACGAUUCGUACCAAAACUGGUCGCUGGUAACAUACGGAGAGCUAUGGCGUGUGGUACAGAAUAUAGCAAGGAUGUUGGAAGAGCAACAUAUCGAAGGAAAACUAAUCGGCGUGAAGUUGCCUCAGUGUCCGGCGUUGAUUGCCGUUCUUGCGGGCAGUCCCGCGCUGGGGUUUUGUGUACGAACGUCCGGAACGACGGGACUACCGAAAACGAUAUUCGUACCAGGCCAAUGUAUUGCGCCAAACGUAACAGCGUUGAUUGAACGGUUUGGCGUAAACGAAGAGGAUGUUAUCUUUGGUUGUUCACCACCGACGUUCGAUCCGUUCGUCGUAGAUGUACUUCUGGCACUGCACACCGGCGCUACGUUGCUGCUUGUAGCGGAAGAAAUACGUCUCUCACCAACCCGUUUGCUGCCGGUACUCUUUCCGGCCGUAACGGUGAUGCAAAUGACCCCCUCAAUGUUUCUGCGAUGGAACCAUCGAGCUGUGACCGAAACGAUCCUUGCGCCACAGAGCACACUAAGAGUACUCGUUCUUGGUGGAGAACCAUUCCCAGCGCUAGUGAUUCCUGCUGGGUGCCGUACGAAGGUGUUCAAUAUCUACGGCAUCACGGAGGUAUCGUGCUGGAGCACAAUCGAACAGGUUGCCAGGCACACCACCGACCAGGUGUCGCUUGGUGCUCCACUCGAUGCGUCAAUCGAACUGCAAGUGCGUAGCAUCGAUAACGGCCAAGUUCUGACCCUAGAAAACACUCAGGAAUCCGUCGUUGGUGAGCUCUACAUUGGUAGCAGCACACGGAAGUGUAUCCUGGUUGAAGAACAGCCGGACACUACCCAUGGAGAUGUCGUGUUACGUGCGACGGGCGAUUUAGUGGAGCUAACGAAAGAAAGAAGACUCUUCUACCGUGGCCGGUGCUGCAGAUUGAUAAAACGGUUCGGUUGUCGUGUAAGUUUGGAAGAACUCGAACGCGUCCUAGCCUCACACGCUGCCGUAGAACAGUGUUUUGCUAAGGCUCACGGUGACGACACGCGGCUGCUGAUGUUCUUCAAAUCAUCAUCCGCCGAUCCGCUGGUGGAGCAAAAACUGUGGACCUUUCUACGGUCGCACCUAUCGCCGCAAAAGCUUCCCGAUGAGCUGCUUCGUAUCGAGCGAUUUCCACUGUCCGUGCAUGGAAAGGUGUGCCAGGAAGGAUUGGCCAGACUGUAUCUCGAAUUGCAGCUCGACGAAAGUCACCCCGAUCCGGUCGAAUACUUUCGCACGCAACUUAUCGCGAUGGGCAUCGGCUAUGACACUCGACAACAACGGAAUCUAAAGUCUUUCGUCGAGUGUGGCGGUUCAUCGGUCGCGGCUCUACGAUUGUAUGGCUCAAUGACAGCGAAAUUUCCCGAUCUGGAACUUCCGGAGAUUCUCAUCCGUCUGUUAGAUACAAACGUAUCGCUGGAUGACGCGAUUGCUUACGUCGAUGCAUACGAUCUCGGCAAGUGCAUUGAUUCGUGUCCAACCACAACAUUUUGUCCGGACAUCGGUCCCAUCCUAAGCAUCGGUAGCCACUCGGGUCUGCUGCUGACGAUCGAUGUUACCACAAACGACGUUCUGUCGCGCAUCACCUUGCCCGAUCGGAUCGAGUGCUCCGUAAGCUUUCUGGAACCCCUUCUGGAGGGCCCGGGGCUUCACGCCGUGGUUGGAUGUUAUGACGGAUUUUUGUACUGCUUCGCUCCACUAGAGGGAACGAUCGUGUGGAAGUACGACGCCGGAGGAAUGAUUAAAAGCGCUCCUUUGGUUUUGUCAGCUUCGGGUGACAUUGUGUUUGGUAGUUAUGGGUCCGCUUGCAACCUGCAUUGCCUAACGAUGGACGGCGUGGUUCGGUGGAUGUUGCUGGUAGGUACCAAGCCAAUAUUGGCUCGCCCCGUGGCGUUGGGUAGUCGAGCAAGCAAGAAAUGUGUUCUUGUGGCUACAUUAGACGGGACGAUGGCGGCCGUAGAGCUUGCCACGGGAAGUCUCGUAUGGAGCAGAACGAAUGCCAACAAUGUGCCCGUGUUUGGUUCUCCCAUUUACUUAACGGAUCACGACAGAAUUGUCGCAUGCUCGGUCGACGGUGAGCUCGGCGUUUAUGAGACCACCGGUGGUAAAAUGAUAGCAUCCCACAAACUGCCUGGAAAUGUGUUUUCAUCAAUCGCGUCUCUGAAACAGGCGGAUGCAACAAUUGAUCUCUUCGUCGGAUGUUACGAUAAGCACGUGCAUUGCGUAGCAUUGGAUGGUGACAAAAUCGUGCCUAAAUGGAAGUUGCCACUGCAGUCUCAAAUCUACGCUACGCCACUGGUUCUGGACAACAAGCGGACAUUAAUAGUGUGCACGACCGCUGGCUACAUUAACGUAAUUGAUUUGCGUGCCGACGCCGAUGGUAAAACGGGCUGCAAAACGAUAGCAACGCGGAAAAUGGAUGGUUUGGAUUAA